UUGCCCAGUUGACAUUGGGCGAGAGGCGGGCCACACCCUGGGGUGGUCGCCAGUCAAUCGCAGGCCACAUAUAGACAAGCAGCCAUUGAAAUUCACACCUAUGGACAAUUGAGCGCCUAAUGAAGUGGCAAUGUUUUUCCACACAGAUUUGAGAAAAUCCAUCGCAGGUCGAGUUCCCUCCAGGUCAGCUCCACCUGCCCUGGAUGGCGGUUUUGAAGUGUGUCAUGAAGACAUCUGACACCGUGGCGGUCAUGUGGCGUACACGGAAUCAGUAGAGCACAAACAAGGGAGCUGUGGACAAGGGGAACGCUAAAUUCUUGGAUUGGAAUCACCUUGGAGACGAAAGCAUUACUGCAUUAAGUGAUCAAGUGCAGUGUUUGAAUCAUGAAGCGCAGCAAGCACCGUGGACACAAGCAGGACAAGAAUGGAGACGACCCGGCCGUCCUGGAGACGCAGAACCUGGACCUGCAGGCCACGUUCAUGGGAGGACGCUUCGACCCGGACGCCGUCUCGCUGGCCUCGGUGACCGCCGUCACCACCAAUGUCUCCAACAAGAGGUCCAAACCUGACAUCAAGAUGGAGCCUAGUUCUGGACGACCUGUGGAUUACCAAGUGAGCGUGACUGUGAUCGAGGCCCGGCAGCUCGUGGGUCUCAACAUGGACCCCGUGGUGUGCGUGGAGAUCGGAGAAGAGAAGAAGUACACGUCUAUGAAGGAGUCGACCAACUGUCCUUAUUACAACGAGUAUUUUGUCUUUGACUUCCACGUCCCUCCGGAUGUGAUGUUUGAUAAGAUCCUCAAGUUGUCUGUCAUUCACUCCAAAAACCUCCUGCGAAGCGGAACACUGGUGGGGACUUUUAAAAUGGACGUCGGCACCAUUUACUCCCAACCAGACCAUCAGUUUAACCACAAAUGGGCCCUGCUGUCCGACCCAGACGACAUCACGGCCGGGUGCAAAGGUUACAUCAAGUGCGACGUGGCCGCGGUCGCCAAGGGGGACACCAUCAAGACCCCGCACAAGGCCAGCGAGUCGGACGACGACGACAUCGAGGGCAACCUGCUGAUCCCAGAGGGGGUCCCGGCGGAGCGCCAGUGGGCCCGCUACUACCUGAAGGUGUACAGGGCUGAGGGCCUUCCCAGGAUGAACACAAGCAUCAUGGCCAACGUCAAGAAGGCCUUCAUCGGGGAGAAUAAAGACCUGGUGGACCCCUACGUGCAAGUGCAGUUUGCUGGGCAGAAGGGUAAGACGUCGGUUCAGAAGAGCUGCUACGAGCCCAUCUGGAACGAGCAGAUCGUGUUCACCGAGAUGUUCCCGCCGCUGUGCAAACGCAUGAAGAUCCAAAUCCGAGACUCGGACAAAGUCAACGACGUUGCCAUGGGGACGCACUUCCUGGAUUUGAGGAAGAUCUCCAACGACGGCGACAAAGGCUUCCUGCCCACGCUGGGCCCCGCCUGGGUCAACAUGUACGGCUCCACGCGCACCUACACGCUGAUGGACGAGUACCAGGAGCUGAACGAGGGUCUGGGCGAGGGCGUGUCCUUCCGGGCGCGCCUGCUCAUCAGUCUGGGCGUGGAGAUCCUGGACCCCUCCUCGCCCGAAACCUCCAGCUCCGCCGAGGUGCAGCUGGAGGGCAUCCCCAACAUCUCGGAGAACGCGAGCGGGAAGCUGGAAGAAUUCUUCCUCUUCGGCUCCUUCCUGGAGGCCACCAUGAUUGACAGGAAGACUGGCGACAAGCCCAUCAACUUUGAGGUCACCAUCGGUUACUAUGGCGACGAGUUGGACGGCGCCACGCAGCCCAAGUCGUGCGGGAAGAAGAAGAGCGACGGCGAGGAGGAGACGGAACUCAUCCACGACUCCAGCGACGAUGAAAUGGACGACGGCGACCUGCCGUCCGUGGCGACCACGCCGCCGAUGAAACCCGUCGUCACCGACCGAAACUACUUCCACUUGCCGUACUUUGAGCGCAAGCCGUGCGUUUACAUCAAGAGUUGGUGGCAGGACCAGAGGCGGCGGCAGUACAACGCUAACAUCAUCGACAACAUCGCCGACAAGCUGGAGGAAGGUCUGAACGACGUGCACGAGAUCAUCAAGACGGAAAAAGCGUAUCCCGAGCGGAGGCUACGCGGCGUCCUGGAGGAGCUCAGCCAGAGAUGCAGUCAGUUUCUGGUGCUGGCGAAUACGGACCAGAACCUGUCGGGCAAAACCAAACUGGACAGGGAGCGAGUGAAGCUCUGCAUGUCCGAAGUGGAGGCCGUCAGCCAUCAGGCCAAAGCCAUGAGGUCGCAGGUCAAGAAGAGCACGGUGAAAGAGAAGGUCAAGAUGACGCACAACUUCCUCCAAAAGCUCCGAUUCCUGGCAGAUGAACCUCAACACGGCGUCCCAGACGUUUUCGUAUGGAUGAUCAGCAACGGGAAGCGCAUCGCGUACGCUCGCGUCCCCUCCAAAGACAUUUUGUACUCCGGCAUAGACGAGGAGCGAGGGAAGGACUGCGGCAAAGUCAAAACCAUCUUCCUGCGGAUCCCCGGUAAGCGAGGUUUCGGCCCUGCGGGCUGGACCGUGCAGUCCAAAAUUGAGAUCUACUUGUGGUUGGGUCUGAACCGCCAGCGCAAAGACUACCUGUGUGGACUUCCUAACGGAUUUGAGGAGAAUCGGCCCUCCAAAGGACCCGGCUUGCUCUCCUCGCCGCCCAUCAGCCUCACGUACACGAUGAAGCAGAUCUUCCAGCUGAGGGUGCACAUGUAUCAAGCUCGCAGCCUCUUUGCUGCCGACAGCACCGGACUGUCGGAUCCUUUCGCACGUGUUUUCUUCUCCACGCAAAGCCAAGUCACCGAGGUGCUGCCCGAGACGCUGUGCCCGACGUGGGAUCAGCUGCUGCUCUUCGAGAACGUGGAGUUGUUUGGCGAGGCCAGCGAGCUGCGAGACGAUCCCCCCAUCAUCGUCAUCGAGCUCUACGAUCAAGACACAGUGGGCAAAGCGGACUUCAUGGGCAGAACCUUCGCCAAGCCGGUGGUGAAGAUGGCCGAGGAGCACUACGGACCUCCGCGCUUCCCCCCCCAGCUGGAGUACUACCAGAUCUACCGAGGGAACGGCAUGGCCGGAGAGAUGCUGGCUGCCUUUGAGCUACUGCAGAUUGGCCCCAAUGGCAAAGCUGACCUCCCGCCCAUCGACCGUCCUGCGGACAUGGACCGCGGCCCGCUGCUUCCCGUUCCGAUGGGAAUCAGACCUGUUCUCAGCAAGUACAGAAUUGAGGUCUUAUUUUGGGGCUUGAGGGACCUGAAGAGGGUCAACCUGGCUCAGGUGGACCGGCCCCGUGUGGACGUGGAAUGCGCCGGAAAGGGCGUCCAGUCGGCCCUCAUCCCCAACUACAAGAAGAACCCCAACUUCAGCACGCUCGUCAAGAGCUUCGAAGUCGAUUUGCCGGAGAACGAACUGCUUCACCCGCCUCUCAACAUCCGCGUGGUGGACUGCAGGGCGUUUGGCCGCUACACCCUGGUGGGCUCCAACGCCGUCACCAGCCUGAGGAAGUUCAUCUACAGGCCCUCCGACAAGGAGGCCAACAACUGGUCUACCGCAGAGGAAAUCAUCGUAGUCCACAUGGAACCUGAGCCCGAUUUUAAGAAGAUGGACACAGUGGUCAAAUUAGAUUCUUGCUCUGACGCCGUGGUGAAGAUUGAAGAUGACGACAAGGAUGCAAAAGGUAGGAAGAAAAAGAGAAAGAAGGGCGACGGGCUGGAAGACGACGGCCUGGACGAGAGCAUGCUCGACUGGUGGUCCAAAUAUUUUGCAUCCAUUGAGACCCUGACAGAGGCGCUAAAGGGUCAAGAGGGGGCGCUGUCAGAUUCCGAGGACAAAGAAGACGCAGACCUGGCAGAUGGUGGAGACAUCAAACCCGAUGACUCUCCCGUAAAAGGCGGCAGGAGGGCCAAAGGCAAGAAGGACAAGAAGAAGGCCACCGUCGACCCGGCGGAGAAGAAAAAAGCAAAGCUGGAUGAGCUCAAAGUGUAUCCCAAAGAGCUGGAGAGUGACUUCGGCAACUUUGAGGACUGGCUGCACAGUUUCAACCUCUUCAGGGGAAAAGGCGGCGGCGACGACGACGACCGCAACGGCUCGGACGAGGACAGGAUUGUUGGAAAAUUCAAAGGCUCGCUGUGCAUGUACAAAGUGUCCGACGAGCUGCCCAGAGACUUGGACUCCAACAUGGGGAUGUUCCAGAAUAUUCCGCACAAUGAUCCCAUCAACGUCCUGGUGCGGGUUUACAUCAUCAGGGCGACCGAUCUCCACCCGGCGGAUAUCAACGGCAAAGCAGAUCCGUACAUCGCCAUCAAACUGGGAAAGAAUGACGUGAAGGACAAGGAGAACUACAUCUCCAAGCAGCUCAACCCUCUCUUUGGAAAAUCUUUCGACAUCGAGGCCACGUUCCCCAUGGACUCCACCCUCACGGUGUCCAUCUACGACUGGGACUUGGUGGGCACCGACGACCUGAUCGGCGAGACCAAGCUGGACCUGGAGAACCGCUUCUACAGCAAGCACAGGGCCACCUGCGGCCUCACCGCCAGCUACGCCACCCACGGUUACAACAUCUGGAGGGACCCCACGAAGCCCACCCAGAUCCUGGCCAAGCUGUGCAAGGACGGCAAACUGGACGGGCCUCACUACGGGCCGGGCGGGCGGGUCAAAGUGGAGAACCGCGUCUUCACGGCGCCCACCGAGAUCGAGGAUGAAAACGGUCUGAAGAAGCAGACCAAUGAGCACCUGGCGCUGAGCGUGCUCAAGCACUGGGAGGAAAUCCGGCGGGCGGGCUGCAAAUUGGUGCCGGAGCACGUGGAGACCAGGCCGCUCCUGCACCCGGACAAACCGGGAAUCGAACAAGGAAGAAUUGAGAUGUGGGUGGACAUGUUCCCCAAGGACAUGACGGCACCCGGUCCCGCCCUGGACAUUGCACCCAGAAAACCAAAGAAGUUUGAGCUGCGGGUCAUCAUUUGGAACACGGAUGAGGUGGUCCUGGAGGACGAUGACAUCUUCACCGGAGAGAAAUCCAGCGACAUAUUCGUCAGAGGCUGGCUCAAGGGGCAGCAGGAGGACAAGCAGGACACGGACGUCCACUACCACUCCAUCACCGGCGAGGGCAACUUCAACUGGCGCUUCAUCUACCCCUUCGACUACCUGAUGGCCGAGGAGAAGAUCGUCAUCUCCAAGAAGGAGUCCAUGUUCGCCUGGGACGAGACCGAGUACAAGAUCCCGGCCCGCCUCAACCUGCAAGUGUGGGACGCCGACCACUUCUCGGCCGACGACUUCCUGGGUGCGAUCGAGCUGGACCUGAACCGGUUCCCGCGCGGCGCCAAGACGGCCAAGCAGUGCACCAUCGACAUGGUGACCAACGAGGCCGACAUGCCCACCGUGUCCAUCUUCAAGCAGAAGAGGAUCAAAGGAUGGUGGCCUUUUGUGGCCCGCAACGAGGACGACGAGUUUGAACUCACGGGGAAAGUGGAGGCAGAGCUUCACCUGCUGACCUGCGAAGAGGCGGAGAAAUGCCCGGCCGGCGAAGGACGCAACGAGCCAGAACCUCUGGAGAAACCCAACCGUCCGGACAUCGCCCUCCUGUGGUUCCUGAUCCCCCUGAAGGCGGCCAAGCACCUGGUGUGCGACCAGUACCGCUGGCUCACCGUCAAGAUCGUCUGUGGCCUGCUGCUGGUGGCCAUCUUGGCGCUCUUCCUCUACAACAUGCCUGGCUACAUGGUGAAGAAAAUGUUAGGAGCCUGACUUUAUUGUUAGCAUUGUUGUUUUGGGGGGGGGAUUUGGUUUUUUUUUCCAGAGCAAAAUGCGCAUUCCAUUUGUGACAUGAUUAGUUGUAGACUUCUUGACAAGACUUCCGUUGGUUUGAAAUGUGGUGUUCUGUCAUGUUUCCUGCACCUUUCAAGUUUUUGGCUUGUGUUCAAAAUGAAUCUUUUGCCGCUUAAAUGCUGUUUUCUAAUGUUUGUUGUAUUGGGCGGGAAAACGCCUGACCGCAUAUU